CACACAGGCAGGACAGAGAGAGAGAGAGAUACCCAGUGAAGACCUCUGAAGAUCUCCAAAGAAGUGAAGCUACAACGGAACAUUUUAGAAGGAGACUAUCACCAUGGCGAUGUUGACCAUUCUUCUGCUUCUCAGCGCUGCCAUUGCACUGAGCGAAGCCUUAACUCUGGAUGAAGCAAAUGCUAUGGUGGCAUCUGCAGCAAAUAAAAAAAGCCCAUGCCCCACAGACUGGUUCCGGUUUAAUUCACGCUGCUUCAUGUUUGUCCAGACUGCAAGGACAUGGCCUGAAGCAGAGCGCCACUGUAUGUUCCUUGGAGCAAACCUGGCAUCUGUGCACAGCUCUAGGGAGUCCCAAUUUCUACAGGCGGUGGUGUUGAUCAAGACUGGCGAUUUCCCUCUGACCUGGAUUGGAGGAUAUGAUGCUGUUCAGGCAAAUGUGGAAAAGGACAGGCUAUGGUUCUGGAGUGACGGAUCUACAUUUAAUCACCAGAACUGGGCGGAAGACGAGCCCAAUAACUAUAACGGUGCCAGAGAGCCAUGUGUUCAGAUGAACUUUGGAGGUAAAGAUGCCUGGAAUGAUGAAUUAUGUGAAAGGAGAUAUCCCUCUGUGUGCUCCAUAAGGACCUGUUCAAUCCGUCAAACCAUCAACUGAAACCAAACAUUCUACUGCGUAGUGUCAGCAACCUAACUGAACAAUGUUUAUGGUAAAAUCAAAUACUUUAUGAAGAUUAUUUGUUGCUGUAAAAUGAAAGUUUAGUUACUUGUUGCAGACAAUGUUGAUGUGGUUUGUUGUCAAUAAAACAGGUGUACACAUUA